UUGAUUGUUACCACAAAUAUCCUCAUAAUUAGUAAAUUACAAAUUGAUUACAAUUUUUAACAUAAAUUUAUAAGUUUUGUAAUAUUUGAAUAUUUUUACAUAAAUUUGUGAUUUAAAUACAAAAUUAGUCAACAAAACUGAUGAUCUCGUCAGCGAUGGUAUCAAAUAACUCAUUGCUCAUCACAUUCUUCGUGUUGUCCAUAAUUGUGUCCAUUUGUGGCGCAAACGGCGAUAAGAGUUUCGAGGAGGAGGUCUAUGGCGUGAAGUACGCCAACGAAUGCGAGGUUUGCAAGUAUUUAGUGAUAGAAUUGGAGGGAAGGCUCGAGAAGACGGCCAAAACACAUGAAGUGAUUGAAACCGGAUAUGGAUUUGAAGACAAGACCCGUCACAAGAAGAAAUAUGUGCUCUCUGAACUCCGUUUAGUGGAGUCUUUGGACGGCAUUUGCGAGACUCUACUCGAGUAUAACGUUCACAAAGAGCGCAAAGACAGCACUAGAUUUGCCAAAGGGAUGAGCACUACGUUUAAGACAUUACACGGAUUGGUCGACAAAGGCUGCGAGAAUCUUCUGGAGAAACACGAGUCAGACAUUGAGAACUGGUAUUUCCACCAUCAGAACCAACCCCUCCAGAGCUAUCUGUGUGUCGACAGAGCCCUCAAGAGAGGCGAUUCCGGAUGUCUGACCGAAGAGAUCCCGACCGAUGGCGACACCAAAACGAGUGAUAAACAAGAAUUAUAACCACAAAUAUUUGUGUAUAUUUUAAUAGCAAUUUUUAUAUCAACUCUUUAUUACAAUAAUAAUAAUAACUUAUUUCAAACAUUCAAACGGCAAACGAAACGAUGUUUAAAAUAUGUCCAAAAACUUAACAACAAAUUGUACAAAAUGUGAGGC